AUACACAGAAGUCCAUAACCUUGAAUCAUUUUAGAUUGAUAGCAUUUCCGCUGAAAAGCCAUCCGGUAUUCUUUGUAACAAAGAAGAAGAAAUCAAAGCAUUUAAUUUUUGCUUUGUAUUUAAAAACAAAAACACGCUAGAAUUUUCUGAUAUUGGGUUUUAGAGAUCGGCAACACCGGCUAAGUGACACUGUUUUCGUUUUGUAAUGGCCGCGCGCAAAAAGUCUGGAACGAAACCUUUUCCCAUUAGAGGUGAUCGAACAAAUUAUGUCAAUUUACCUCAUGUCAUUGCGAUGGUGGGAUUACCUGCUAGAGGAAAGACAUACAUUUCAAAAAAGUUAACUCAUUAUCUCAACUGGAUUGGCAUAAAAACUAGAGUAUUCAAUGUUGGUGAAUAUCGAAGGUUAGCUACUGAAGCAUAUAAAAGCCAUGAUUUCUUUCGCCCAGAUAAUGUGAUAGCAAUGGCUAUCCGAAAUAAAUGUGCCCUUGAUGCAUUAGAAGAUGUUUGUCAAUGGCUUUUGACGGAGGGAGAAGUUGCAGUAUAUGAUGCAACAAAUUCAACUACAGACAGAAGAAAUUUAAUUUAUGAUUAUGUUUGUGAAAAAUAUGGCUUUAAACUAUUCUUCAUUGAAUCUGUAUGCAAUGAUCCAGGUAUUAUAGAAGUCAAUAUUAGGGAAGUUAAAGUUCACAGCCCGGAUUACAGAGAUAGUGAUAAUAAAGAUGAAGCUUUGAGAGAUUUUAUGCAAAGAAUUGAACAUUAUCAAAAGGCUUAUCAAACGUUAGACGAAGAUUUAGAAGCAGCUUAUUCUUUUAUGAAAAUCUUCAAUGCUGGAGAAAAAGUCCUGGUUCACAGGCAUGAAGGUCACAUCCAGAGUCGUGUUGUGUAUUAUUUGAUGAACAUUCAUAUUUUACCUCGUUCCAUUUAUGUAACCAGGCAUGGUGAGAGUAUUUUGAACUUAAAAGGAAGGAUUGGUGGAGAUGCUGAACUAUCUGAUCGUGGCUGGGAGUACACUCAUGCUUUGGCGCGUUUCAUUCAAGAACAAAACAUUCCUCGCUUACGUGUGUGGACUAGUCAGUUGCAAAGAACCAUCCAGACUGCAGCUGGAAUUGAUGCACCCCAAGAAAGGUGGAAGGCUUUGAAUGAAAUUGAUGCAGGCAUUUGUGAAGAGAUGACAUAUGAAGAAAUUCAAGAGCGAUAUCCAGAAGACUUUGCUGCCCGUGACCAGGACAAGUUUCAUUACAGAUAUCCAAGAGGAGAA